UUGUAUGGGGGCAGUGAGAGGGAACUGGGAAGGACUGGGAGGGUGUUACACACUCUGAUGUCAUAAUUUUGGGGUGGGCGUGUCCCCAGCAGGCUCCACCCACCCAGAAGGCAGGACCAUUGCAGGCCCCGCCCCCUCCCGCACCGGCCCCGCCCAUCGUGCUGAUGAAGGCACGGGGUGAAGAGGGGCGGGGCCUCUCAGGGGGUGGGGCCUCCCAGGGGGAGGGGCCAGUGCAGCCCCCGCCCCCUGAGAGGGAGGGGCCCCGCCCCACCCAGCCCAUGUACCAACUGCACGGGAGGGGCCUCCCCCCCCCGGGGGCGCCCGACCCGGCCCAGGCCCAGGCCCGGCUGGCGGCGCCCGAGAAGAUGAAAACCAGUAUCAAACUGGUGGACGAGCAGAUGAACUGGUGCGACAGCGCCCUCGAGUUCCUCAUGGAGCAGACGGACGUGCUCGUGGUCGGGGCCCUGGGGCUGCAGGGGACGGGCAAGUCCACGGUGCUGUCACUGCUGGCCGGGAACCAGCCCGAGGAGGACCCGCGGUCGUUCGUGUUCCGGCCGCAGCCCCCCGAGCUGCGGGAACGGGGGGGGGCCCAGACCGGGGGCAUCGACCUGUUCGUCACCCAGGAGCGGGUGCUGUUCCUGGACACCCAGGUAAUUAGUGUUGAUUAACAGUGUUUGCUACCGGUUACCGUAAUUACCCCAUUA